AUGACCACGAAGUGUAGAGCUGCAGGCAAAAGACUUCCCACAUUCACUGCACUGGUAAGGCCGCUCUCCUGUGUGAACCCUCUUGUGACCACGGAGGGAAGAGCUCGAGGUGAAGGAUUUCCCACAUUCCCCACACUCGUAAGGACUUUCUCCAGUGUGAACCCGCUGGUGUACAACAUAGUGGUACCUUCCUAUAAAGGCCUUCCCACAUUCAGUGCACUCAAAAGGUCUCUCUCCGGUGUGAAGUCUCUGGUGUUGCUGAAGACCUGCUUUCUGGGCAAAAGAUUUCCCACACUCACUGCACACGUAUGGCCUUUCUCCUGUGUGAUGCCUCUGGUGCCGCUGGAGCCCUAUCUUAUAGGUGAAAGUUCUUCCGCAUUCCCCACACUCGUAAGGCCUUUCCCCUGUGUGAACCCUCUGGUGUACAAUGACUUGAAAUCUCCCUAUAAACGACUUUCCACAUUCAGUGCACUCAAAAGGUCUCUCUCCAGUGUGAAGUCUCUGGUGUUGCUGGAGUACUGACUUCUGGGUAAAGGAUUUCCCACACUCACUGCACACAUACGGCCGUUCUCCUGUAUGAAGUCGCUGGUGUCGAUGGAGUCCGGCCUUAUAGGUGAAAGAUUUCCCACACUCACUGCAAACAUGGGAUCUUUUUCCAGUGUGAAGUAUUUGGUGAUAGCGGAGGUUAGAACAACUGAUAAAUGAUUUUCCACAGUCACUGCAAUUAUAAGGCCUAUCUCCUGUGUGUAUCCUCAUGUGUAUAAGAAGGUAGG